AUGCUUAUGGAUAAAGCAAACAACGGUGGUGACGUCAUUCAAGGUUAGCGUAGAAGACGAUCGUAAAUUUCCAUUUCCAUACACCACUGCAUUCUUCUCAGUGUCAUGCGACGGUGUAAACGCUAGUCGUUGAGAAAUUCCGGCUGGAGAUAUCACCUAUUCAUUCCAUAUCAAUCUUUUCCGGCGAAGCCAUGGGCGGCGAUACAAACUCGCCUUUUCUUACUUACACUCACGAUUCUGAAUCGCCGUCACUCGGGCAAGAUUUCUCUGUGCGAUCGCCGGCUUCACCCGUUCUCUCCGGUGAUCCUCUUGGCGAUGGAGUGGCGAAUAGUGAGAGUGGAGUUGGGUUUGAAGGAUCUGAGGCUAACAGGAAGCGGGCACGCGACAUAUAUAUGAAGGUUUGGAGGAGCUAUGGUGAGCUGCAGGGCCGGUCCCGAAAGUAUGCUAAACGCAAAAUCUUAGGCUAUACUCCUGGAUCAUGGACUGAAGGAGUUGGCGGUACAAACUUACGUGACUAUAAAGUUCCAAAAACAACGACCAUCUUGUUGAUUGGUACAAAAGGUUCUGGUAAAAGCAGUCUAGUGAACAAGAUUUCAGAUGUUUUUGUGUCCAAAAAGUUUACAUCACAAAGAGCACAAGUGUCGUUUAAUCCUUCUAUUGGAGGUGGUACCUGUUUCGCCCAGGAGUACAUGAUCCCGAAAUGUGAAAAAGCUUUCUGUCUAUAUGAUACACCGAGUUUGUCUGAUGAUCAGUCUGAAAAUGAAAACAUGCUGAAACAUUGGAUGACAAAAGGUGUUCGUCAUGGAGAACCUAUUAUGAGGGCUUCUGAUGAUGUGGGUUUCGAGACUAGAAUGGAGUGCAAUGCUCACGAUGGAUACUUAUUCAUAGAGGCUCGACCCAUCAACUUUGUGGUGUUUGUUGUCAAUGCUCUUUCUGUUCUUGAAGCAAUGGAAGGCGAAGAUGAAACAAUGAAAUGCUAUACUCAAGUCGUUUCGAAAGCAUUCAAUAGCCCUUUCCUAUCGUUCAAAGAUGACAAGCCUGUAGUUGUUGUUACACAUGGUGAUUUACUCUCGCUUUCUGAACGUGUGCGUGUGCGUGUUCACUUGGGGGAACUGCUGGGAAUCCAUCCGAAGACGCAGAUUUUUGAUAUCCCAGAAAGCGAUGAUUCCGGAACUAAAGUGGCAAUUCUUGAUAUGUUACACUAUUGCCUUUACCAUGCUGAUAAAAAUCUACCCUUGAAAGACGAUUUCUCAAGUCGGUUUUUGCAGACAAAGGAUUCAUAUCCACCGUUGUCUGUAUCCCUGUUGAUGACGGCUCUGCUGCUGUCAUUUGUCUUUAGCGUUUUCUAUCAAGCCCGCCCUGCUCGGACCUCCUCAGCUCCUGGGGCGGACUGUAUUCCUUGUACUGCUCAUACAUUUUCAAGACCCGAGGCUCACAAUUUUCAGCACGCUGCUAAGGAUUCCUCAUCAGCUCCCGAGGCUCACAAUUUUCAGCACGCCACUAAGGAUUCCUCUUCAGCACCCGAGGCUCACAAUUUUCAGCAUGCUGCUAGGGAUUCCUCAUCAGCACCCGGGGCUCACAAUUUUCAGCACGUCACUAAGGAUUCCUCUUCAGCACCCGAGGCUCACAAGUUUCAGCACGCUGCUAAGGACUCCUCUUCAGCACCCGAUGCUCACAAUUUUCAACACGCUGCUAAGGAUUCCUCUCCGUCUUCAAUUCCUGAUGCACAGCAUAGGUAUCAUGCAGACAAGGAUUCCUCUACUAAAUCAUAUCCCCGGAUAGAAUGGUCUAAAAUACGGCAAUCAUAUCCCCAGAUAGAUUGGUCUAAAAUACGACACUUAUGGCACGAUGAUUGAUCAAUUUCGGGUGUCUAUAUUCAGCAGAUGAAUAAGCAUUGUCAAUAUCUGGAUGCAGAUAUGCCUGGAUCCUGCAAGAACACUAAAAUGUAUGCAUUUUCUUAUGGAAACUGAGAAUGUGUUUGAGCUUCAUAUAUGCUAGAAUAAAAAGCAGUUCUUGUAUUCU